AAAAUAAUGAGUGUGAAUAAAAAUCAACUAGUUAAAAAUGAAGUUGUAGCAAGUCUAUUAGUAGAAUAAUCAAAAGCUGUUGCUAAAUACGCUAUAAAAAAAAAAAGCCAAGUUUAUGGGAUAUCCUUCACAGUCUUUGUGGAUAAAGUACAAAAAACCUACUCCACAGAAUAUGGUUUAAAAACCAUUCAAGAUCUAAUCAAUCUUGUGAAUAAAACAAAAGUUGAAUAAACAAAAGGCUUAUAUCCUAAAGGCGAUUAACCAAAUUAACCCUAACCUUCCCCUAACUUUCUUGCUUUCGAAAGUCCUGAAAGUCAAAACAUGCUUAGCCACUCUAUUUUACUUAAAGACGUAAAAACUGUUUACAUGAGAGAUAUAUCCUCAGGUAACAAUUUAAAUUAAUCAUUAGAGAAUAUGGCCUAUAUCCAUGUUUUUGGGAAAAAAAAUGUUUGCACAUAUUAUAUCAAUAAGUCUCAAAUCACAGUAGACGAAGUAACAUAUGAUAUCUGAGAUUAGUUAAUUUAACAAUUUAAUUAAGACCCAGCUAACAAAAACUGCAUGAUCGAUGUAAAAACAGAUAAAUAUGGCAUCGGAAGUCGACUUGAACCAGGAAUGUAAAUAAAUGAAAACAUUAUGAAAUCCUAAGUCGGUAAUUAUGUCGAGGACGGAGAAGGAUUGAUUAGAAUAUUGCCAUAUUGAUCAUAUAUCAUAUUUUUAGUAUAAUGAC